AUGCAGCGUCGCUCAAACGACUACCUCCACCCAUUCCCGGCCACCCCCAUGCUCAAACCCAAGUACGUCAGCUCCGCUAUCGCUGUCUGGCGAGAGGUCGUCAAGAACCCCUGCAAGGAAUGCAUCGCUGCCGGUGAAGAGCGAGCUAGGCAGUGUGAAUGGCGCCCCGGAAACACUUACAUGUGUGUUGACUGCCGACUGAACCACAAGAAAACGAUCAAUUGCUCGUGGGCUCGAGAGAUGGGUCGCCAAAAAUACGGUGGGCGUCACAAGGUGGGCAGGGUGACGUCCAUCGACUGGGGCAAGAAGGUCAAGGCCGACCAGAAGGCUCAUCCGUAUACCGUCAACGGACGCAACACCUGCACACACUGCGGCGGCUCUGGGAAAGUGGCCACGUCAUCCCACACUCCCGGCACAAGCAAUGCGAUCACCUCCCGCACUCGCCGCACCAGGAAGUCGAAGCGGCGCGCCCAUCAGUCGUCCUCGCAGGAAGAUUCGGCCCAGUCCUCCUCCGAUUCCUCCGAGUCUUCGGUGUACUCCGUGCACGACCAGUCGGGUGACGGAAACCCCGUGGCAGAGAUCGACGAGGUCGCCAACGACGACGACGACGACGACAUCUGGGAGGAUGUGCAGGAUGGCCAGGGCGCAGUCCCCGAGGACGCCGGUGUCAGCGACGGCGCUAACUCUCAGGACAACCUGCCGGGCGACGACGACGGUGGCGUCUCCCAGCCCGACGACCAAUACCCUAUCCACGAAUUUCCCCUCACGCAGCGUCCCAAACAGCGCGAGUCGUCCGUAAUAUCGAUUUCUUCUGCACCUGUGACACCCGUCAGUCGCCCCCGCCUUGUCGACAACUCCCCCAUCGACCUGUUGUAUCUCGACGACGACAUUCCGGUCCCGCAGGCAUCUGGUCGAACUGUCAAGCGCUCCCGCAGCCCCGACGACGAAGACGAUGCCUCUGCGCCGCCAGCCAAAGUCGCGAAGGAGGAGAGGACCUCGUCCCACGAGCACUCGGAGUAG